AUGAAGGUGACACGUCGCCCGUUGCUCGGUCUGCGGAUCAAGGCGGAAGGUGGUUUGAGGCAGGGGCCGGGUCCCCCGCGUGUCGGGCGCACGCUGAAGAUCAAGGAAGGGCCGGUGGAGCCGCCCCGGGCGCGGGGAGCGGGCGGGCCGGGCCCGCGGCCGCUGGGCGAGUUCAUCUGCCAGCUGUGCAAGGAGGAGUACGCCGACCCCUUCGCCCUGGCGCAGCACAAGUGCUCGCGCAUCGUGCGCGUGGAGUACCGCUGCCCCGAGUGCGACAAGGUCUUCAGCUGCCCGGCCAACCUGGCCUCGCACCGCCGCUGGCACAGGCCCCGCCCCGCCGCCGGCGCCGCCGGCCCGGGCGCCAAGAAGCCCUCGGGCGCCCCGUGCCCUUCUGAGGGGAAGGAGAACAGCAGCGAGCCGCGCCCCGCAGCCCCCGAGGGGCCGCGCCUGCCGCCGCCGGAGCAGGAUCAGCACCCCAGCGCCGCGGACAGCUCCUGCUGCCGAGACCUGAAGCCCGCCGGCCAGAGCGCCCUGUGCGGGGCGGGCGGCGAGGGGCUGAAGGAGGCGGCCCCUCCGGGCCCGAUCCCUGGCGUCAACGAGGUCUUCGUCUGCCCCUACUGCCACAAGAAGUUCCGCCGCCAGGCUUACCUGCGCAAGCACCUCAGCACCCACGAGGCGCCCCGGCCGACCGUCUACAGCCCCCUGGAGCGGGGCCAGAUCACCUUCCCCUGCCACCUGUGCGGGGCUCACUUCCCCUCGGCGGACAUCAGGGACAAGCACCGGCUGUGGCACGCCGUGCGGGAGGAGCUGCUGCUGCCCAUGGUGCAGCCCGAGAGCAGUGCCGCGGAAGGGGAGCAGCAGAUCUUCUCCUGCAAGCACUGCCCUGCUACCUUCUUCAGCUCGCCGGGGCUCACCAGGCACAUCAACAAGUGCCACCCCACGGAGAACAGGCAGGUCCUUCUGCUCCAGAUGGCGGUCAGACCAGGCUGCUAAUGAGUAAGAGGGCAUGGGAAGGCACGGGUGCUAGCAGGGGAAUCUCGUUCAUAGGGACUGAACUGGCACCUCCCAGAGUCCCUCUAAAGUGGUGUUUGAAAUGUCUAGUGCUCCCGGGGGGAGGGGUGUAUUUGGUUGUAGUCUGCAGUGUUAAUGACUCUCCUAUAGUUUAAAUAGUUGAUCUGAUAGGAUUCUUCAAAACCACCAGUGAGCUAAACGAAUCCUAUCCAAGCUGUAAUUCCUAUGGAAAGUCGCAGUGUGUGCAUACAUGUCUACAAAGGAAAAAUCAGGAAGGGGCAGGGGAGAGGCUGCCAAGUGGCAGCAAUGAAAAGUCCCGUUGCCAUCAUGCCAAAAGUUUAAGAAGUCAACCACAAGUUGACUAGGAAUUAUUCUUGCUGCCUUAAUGGACUUAGACUGCAAUGUAUAUUCUGUGAAUCCCAGAAGUGAGAGAGAACUAGUGACAAGCGUCACAUUUUCAGUAAAGUGGGGAGUUGGAUCUAGGCGUGGCCCCCUUACCACUGAAAGUUAGUAACAGUAUUUUGAAGAGCUCUUAUAUAAUACUUGAAAAGACGAAAAUUAUCCAAACAUAAAAACCUCCGGCUAGCUGUGGGCUUUGGGGAGUGCUAGGGAAGCGCUACUGAGGAAGUGAAAGUCAAUAGUCUUCUGUAGCCUCUCCCCCAGGACGGAAGUACAGCCACAUAUCCUAUUUAAAAAGAAGAGUAUUAUUUUUCAUGAAAAAGGAGACUGGCUUAGUUAAACUGUUUUAAUAAAAGCCCCAGCUCCACAACUUUAAUAAUUUAUUGUGUUUUCUUCACUGUAUCCUGUAUUAAAGUCCAUAAAGUUAAGUGUUCAUAUUAAGUCAGUGUCAAGUCCUAUAUAACUAGCAAUACUUAUGGAGAAUUAACUGUAC